AUGAUUUCCCGCCACAGCUGGCCCGUGGUGGUGCUCCGAACGGCGUUUGUGAUUUUCGCCUUCAUCUUUGGCACGCUUGGGAUCCGGCUCCUUCAAGAAUUGGGCGGUGUGGUUUUUAGCCGCCACCCCGCGCACUUUCACGCAUGCGUCGCCCUCACAAAAAGCCAUUUUCUCGCCUUGCUCACGUUUUUGACCGCCCUCGUCAACCCAACCGCCGUGUCGGUCACCUGGGACGCGCGCCAAAUGUCGCUGCUGCGCUUCGAAGUGCGCGCAGGCCACUUGCACCUGACCUUGGCCGCCAACGCCGUGUGGAUUCUGAACCACCAGAUCUACACCGACUGGCUCUUUUGGUGGUUUCUCGCCUACACAGGCGGCCAUGCCGGCGCCGCCUACAUUGUGCUCAAGGAGAACUUGGCCAAAAUCCCCGUCUUGGGCCCCGGCAUGCGCCGCUUCCGCUUCAUGUUCUUGCUGCGCAAGUGGGCCACCGACAAGCUCCGCUUGACGCUGCAGUUGUUGGAGCUCGACGCCAAUGCCCGCGGCAUGGGCCCCGUGGCCGGCGUCACCUGUGCUGCGUCCGAGUCCUCCCGUUUGCCCGGCGUUCGCCAAUGGCCCCCGGGCCACGGCCUGGUGGCCGCCAACUACCACCUUAUUGUCUACCCGGAGGGCACAGUGAUGUCGCCCCACACGCGCGAGCGCCUGGACAAGUUCUGCGCCAGCAUCAACCGGCCUCCGCUUCGCCAUGUUUUGCUUCCGCGCGCCCGCGGCCUCUUCUUGAUGCUUCGCCUGUUGCGGGGCUCCGUGGAUGUGGUGUACGACCUCACCACAGGAUAUACGGGUUUGGGCCCGGAACAGUACGGUGAGGAAGUUUUCACGCUCAAAGCAUACUAUCUUUUUGGCUACGGCCCGCGCAAAAUCAAUUUUGCCGUGCGUACGUGGAACCUCGCCGACAUCCCGCUAGGCCCGGACGACGGCAACAUUGACGUGGACGACGUUGACCCACAGGUCAUGCGCCAGUUCGAGGAGUGGCUCUACGAUGCGUGGUACGCCAAGGACGAGCUCAUGCUGCGCUUUUUCGCCACGGGCCUGUUCGAGGGCGAAGAAACGAAAACCGUCGAGGCUCCUUUCCAAUUGCGCUCGCCUUUAGAAGCUCUAGCGCCUUUUGUGCCGCUGUUGACCCUUGUGUUGAUGUUGUACCUCUCUGUGCGUUUAAUUUCAUUUGCGUGGAGUCUAUUAUAG